CAGGCAGUGAGUCAUCUGGUUAAUGGACGGUCUUUGUCAGUGUGGCUGCUCGCGCUGUGUGUUUCUGCUGGCAGUGAAAAUCCCGCUGGUCGCUCCAGUGCAAAGAUGACUUGACCACAGAACCAGGUCUGACCGACGCGGUUCUUCCGAACAGGCAGAGCGACCCGGAGGCGAGCGGGCGGCGGUGGCAUGCGACUGGGCAGUAGCAGCUGGAGCUGGCAGCUCUCCCGGGCCAUGAGACUGGCGCUGCGCUGGUGCCGCCUGCGGAAAGCCGGUCGGGGUGGAGGCCAGCUGUCGGAGCUGUGGAGCUACAGCAAACUGCUGCUUCGCUCCCUGUUUUCCAACAGCCUGAGCGACUCGGACACGCUGCUGGACUGCGUGUUUGAGCCGGUGUACUGGAUCGUGGACAACGUGACCCGUUGGUUUGGAGUGGUGUUUGUGUGCCUAGUGGUCCUACUGACGUCCUCUGUGGUGAUCAUCGUCUACCUGUUUGUCCUGCCGACCAUCUUAACCACUUACCCGGUGCACUGGAUCGCCUGGCAUCUCUGCUGCGGCCACUGGCUCCUCCUGCUGGUGGUCUUCCAUUACUACAAGGCCACCACCACCUCCCCUGGGCACCCCCCUAAGGAAAAGCGGGACGCUCCCUCCGUUUCCAUCUGUAAGAAAUGCAUCACACCCAAACCGCCGAGGACUCAUCACUGCAGCAUCUGCAGCGUGUGCGUCCUGAAGAUGGACCAUCACUGCCCGUGGUUGAACAACUGUGUGGGUCACCUGAACCAUCGCUACUUCUUCUCCUUCUGCCUCUACAUGACCCUGGGCUGCAUCUACUGCAGCAUCAGCAGCAGAGAUCUGUUCCUGGAGGCGUACGACGCCAUAGAGACAUCCUUCCAGACUCCUCCUCCUCCACAUCACAGCCAAAACGAAAGCGUUUCUCAGAAGUGCAUCAUCUUCCUCUGGGUUCUGACCAGCUCGGUCGCCGUGGCUCUUGGAGGACUCACCCUGUGGCACGCCAGGCUGAUCGGCAGAGGAGAGACCAGCGUGGAGCGCCACAUCAACCGCAAGGAGGCCAGAAGGCUGCGGGAGCAGGGGAAGGUUUUCAGAAAUCCGUACCAUCAUGGCCGACUCAACAACUGGAAAUUAUUCUUUGGAGUCGAAUCGAGGAGUCACUGGAUCACCCGGGUCCUCCUGCCCUCCAGCCAUCCUCCCAGUGGAGACGGCAUCCUGUGGGACCACACCUUCUCCAGAAGCGACCUUUUGGCCAUCUGAGCUUCCUCCCUCCUUACAGGCCGACGCCUGUUUUAAUCCUGCUACUUGAAAACAUCCAACAGUGAAGAAGAAUCUGAAGGAUGCUGGGUUCUAACUCGCUGGUUAUGGACCAGUAGUCAUCCUGCCCCCCACUGGAUAGGCGGUUCUGCUGGCCACCAUCUUGGAGAUGACCUGCAGCAUCAUGGCGGUCUGCUCCAACAGGGUGCAGACCUUUCACCUGUGGGAUUUAAACCUGAAAUGUUUUAUUUGCUGCAGCUGGGAGCUGAUCGUUGAUUCUAUGGAGUAAAAUAUGUGCCAAAGAACGCAUUUUGUAAAUGGAAAUAUGUGAAAAAAGCACUCCAGAGAUUAAAUUUUGAAAAAUAUUUUAAUCAAAAAAAAUUUGAGGGUAGUUAAACUACUAAGUUCUCAGAUUUUUUU